UAGAUGAUCUCCGUCUGGCUCUUCUGUCUGAUCUCAAGUGGAUUGCUGGUCGUCUAAAGUGCUCAUCAUUUUGCGUUGGUUGGGCCAUGAGUGGCCGGCGUGUGACUCCGUUUCUCAGAAGGUAGAUGUAUACUCGUCUCAGUUGAUUCGAGUGGGUGAGGUUCUGGAGAGGUUAUCUGCGUUCCUUUUAAGUGACUGGGAUCAGUUCAGCCAAGGGGGUGAUCCGCGUGUGUUCCAAGGUAAAGGGGUUUCGCUUUGCAGGUAUCAUAACUGGAUGGGCUCCCCUUCACCAGCAAGAGAGGGCUCCGAUCCCACAGGCUAUGUGCGUGUUUAUUUGCCGGUCAACCAGUUGCGUAUGGUUGCCAAAUUCCGUCUUUGUUGUUGGCCUUUGGAGGUCAACAAAGGACACCAUAGGCCGAGAGAGUGCCGUACGUGUCAGGUCUGUACGUCGGGUAAGGUUGAGGAUGAAUAUCAUGUGCUCAUGGAGUGUGAGGCGUAUACUGAGUUGCGUAAUAGGUUUCUGAUUAACGUUGAAGAUACUGAUAUGCGCAAGGUAUUUCUUAAUACCAAUCCGAGGAAAAUCGCUACUUUCCUUACUGAGGUUUUUGAUGAGCGUCAACAGCGUGCUCUGGAGCCUCACGGCUCGCCCUGGCACAUCGGGCAGGCGCCAGCACGCGCCCGCAGUUUUGUGGAGAUGAAGUAUGCGCUGCCGUCUCCUGUUCUUCCAAGCUUCAGUGAAGUUGACGCAGCAAACCGGGGGCUCAAGGAAGCGUGUCCACUAUACACCCUGCCAGGUUUUGAUCCAUCCAAAAUGAUUCAAUACGACGCGAUGCACACCAUUGGGGGUGUCAUCAAGGACGUGGUGGUGCUUGGCAUCCAAGGUUUGCGUGCAGCAAAUGCCAGUGACACCUUGGUUGAGUACGACUCUGACAACAACAUUCAGACCAAGACGGCCGGGGUUGCAGGUUCUGAAGAACUCAGCCGCUUCAGGGCCGCCCUAAGUCGCAUCGCUAUCAGCGCCCCAACCUGGAUUGGCUCCAGGUUAAAGAGGCUUACCGCGCCUAACAAGAAAGCCAAGACCCAUACAUUCUUCCUCCUAGCAGGCCCUGUUGGGGUGUACGCUGUGUCAUGCAUGCGCCUAUCUCAACGCAAAGCUGAGCAGGUGUACGUGGACUUGCUACACGCGUGCUGCGAUCUUUGGGAUAAGGUUCAGAUGAGGUAA